CCCGCACCGCCGCCCGCGCCCCGCGGCUCUGCAGAACUAGAUGUUGAUUGGCUGCGUUGGCGAGAGGGGAGGCUGAGGGAUGAGCACCGAGGCGCCACCAUCUCCCUGCGGCCCGGCUCGCACGCACUCGCUCGGGUGUUUCCGUCUCCCGCGCUCGGGUGUUUCCGGCCGCCCCUCUCCGGCCACGCUCGGGUGUUUCCGGCCGCCCGCCGAACCGUGCCCAUGUCGGACGCGCUCUCCGCCGCCGCCGGCUGCCGCUCCGAGCUCCCGGGCGGCGACACCGCGCCCCGGGGCCCCGCAGAAAAUGAAGACUCAGCCCAAAAGACAGAGCCUGCAGAUCAGCUAGUUGAUUCUUUGGAAUCCAGUACUUCACAGAGCGGGUUACAGGCUGGGGCGUGCCUGAGUGCAGACACAACAGAGCAUUCGAAGGCAGAAAUUGGCACUCUGGGGGACCAGAAAGUGGCUGAACAAGAAGAGAAGCUGCCUGACCAAAUCCAAUCUCUCAAAAAGGAAGCUGUUCGAUUAACCAACUACCAUGUACCUCAGGGAGUGGGGGAUAUAGUCAUGAUUCAGUCAGAUCACACUGGUGCUGUGGAUAUCCUUUCGGCUGAGCUGGAGACUGCAGACCUCCUUGGGGAGCAGAGAAAAGCUCAGCCUCCACCGCUGGCUGCACCCACCAUGUGGACCACUGAGAAGAUGAAGGAAUUCAAAGCCAAGAUGGGAAAGGAGAAGAAUGGCCGGAUGGUGGUGAAGCGAGGCGAGGUGGUGACAGUCCGUGUGCCAACCCAUCCUGACGGGAAAUGCAUUUGCUGGGAGUUUGCUACGGAUGACUACGACAUUGGGUUUGGAGUCUAUUUUGACUGGACCACAGUUACUAGUACUGCCAUUACUGUUCAGGUCAGUGAAUCCAGUGAUGAGGAGGACGAAGAGGAGGAUGAGGAAAUUGAAGGACUGUCCCCUGUAGGCGAUGUGGAGCGGGGUUCCAAAAGCUGUCUGCGGAACCGCUAUGGAGAGGUCAUGCCUGUGUACCGCAGGAACAGCCAUCGCGAGGUGCAGGCAGGCAGCCACGAGUACCCGGGCGAGGGCAUCUACCUGCUGAAGUUUGAUAACUCCUACUCUCUGCUCCGCAAUAAGACCCUGUUCUUUCACGUCUACUACACUAGCUGAAGAAGAGGGAAGGGGCAAGGAUGGCAGGCAGGGGAUGGUGAGUGUAGCAGGCUGCCACCCAGCCCUGGUACUGCCUGACGGGCGCUGCUGUGUGACAGAACCACGGUGCAAUUCUGCCAGCUCUCCUUUGGACGUGAACUGGUUUCCCCCCACACCCUUCUUCCCCACUGUCACAGGGGAGAAAGGUAGUUGUGACUGCCUGGUUGUUCCCAGGCAGCUGCUCUUUCUCUAAAACUUUGGGAGGUCUGCUCCGUGCAGGCAUUGGGCUGGGCCUUCAAGUCACAGCUGGCAAUUGCCCAGAAGCCACGUUCAGGUGGUUGUGGUUCUGAUCUGUUGUGCUGGUACAAAAUGAAGUGAAAAUAAUGUUACUGUUUUGUGAAUAACUUUUCCAACUCUCCUGCUGCAUCUGCAUCACUAGAGGGCAGCUGUUAGCUUCAGUGAGCCAGAAGCACAGCUGGCUUGUCACUUAGCCAGGGCAACCCCAUCACCUACCAUCGCUACAGUCACCAGCAGCCAGUGCUUCCUUCCCUCAUGAGAGUGGCUGGGAGUGCAGCUGGCCAGCAGCAGCCCGUGCUGCAGUGGCUUGGCAAUGCUACAACAGGUGGGCCCCAAAUAGCAGUCACAGCUCAUGUUUGAACAGGGGGUGGGAGCAGGGUGCACACCUCAUAGUCCAUAGGAAAGCUUUUCUACAGUUUAAGAAUUGAAUGUUAUAUCUGUUGAUUGUAGGCAUAUGUAGAUGAUUAAAACCUCAGUGAUUACCAGAAGUUUUUUCUUAAUCCAGAUGUGAAGCAGAGGAGGUUACUUACUGCCUGCUAAAUGAAUACAAAAUGGUUGGAAUACAACCAAUAAAUAUACAGGAAAUAUUUCUUAGUAGCAGGAUGUUGGUUCACUGGUAUUGCAACCAUAUGUAGCAAGGAAAAGGCUCCCAGAGAAAUGCAGUUUGUCAGCUGCUAUUGGUGUUGCAAAGGUAUUGUUAGGAAGUUCCUUGGCAUGUUUUGGUGACUAGUGAUGGUAUUAAUUAUCACCUUCUCCUUAAGUAGUGGCUGAGUUGAACAAGGAGAAGUUAAUCCAUCAGAGAUGAAUUUUAAAACGUGUUUAUUUGUAACUGUUGUUUAUUUUAAUACUUUUAACUUGAAAUCAUUCUCUUUUCUAAGAAUACUGCUGUAUUUACAUUUUGAUACCUCUUUGCAGAGACACAAAAUGAGUUUCCAUAGGGAUACUAGAAAAGUUCUGAGUUUUAUUUUUUAAUUGUCCGGGUAAAGCACCUCUACUUGGUCCAUUCCUUCUAUUGAGAGGAAAUGAUGGACAGAAUUAUUUGGGGUAGUUAAAGCCAAAGAUUUUGCUCUCGUAUGAGGGCUGCCUAUUUCCUAUUAAGGGUAUAUUGUAAUGCUGUACAAUUUGCUCUACAUUCAAGCUUACUUUUAAGUAUCUCUGCUUACUGAUUCACUGCUCCAGAGCACUUAGCAGGUCAAAAUGGUAAGAGAGGAAGCAGUCAGUUCACAAUAGAGCAGCCCAAGCUUUGAGCAGGAGGAGUGGAAAUUGGAGGAGCACUGCUUGGAACACAGUGACUUUCUGAGGGAGUGGGCAAGGAGCAGAGUUAUUGCUGCUUUGGGCCCUGAGAAGGGGAGAAAACAGCCACCUUUCUCAAAAGAGAGUGUGUUCUCCAUGGUGGGGGGAACUGCAAAGCUGCUUUAUUCAAGCAGGUCAAGCACAGGGAGACAGAACAGUAGGGCUUGGUAUCUAUCAGAGCAAGAUGCUCUUUCAGGUAGCAGCUUGGAGAGGGCUAUUCCUUCAUUUAACCUCCCAUGGAUGAAAUGAAGAACCAUCCUGUGGCCUUUCUACAGCACUUGAAUCAGGCAUGAGCAAUUUAGAUAAGAUUUUUUUUCAUCCUUUGUCUAUCAAGUUCCUAGAUAUUGCUGAUGGAGUUGACACACUUCACUUCUAACAGAGAAGUAGUAAUAUGUUUGCUAAUACAAAACAUCAAUUUAACAACAUUUCAUAGUUGGUGUGUUUUGUAUAGACUGGGGCAUGAGAAGCUGGAGAGCAGCACUGCAGAAAGGGACCAGGGGUCCUGGUUGAUGGCGAGUUGAAUCUGAGCCAGCAGUGCCCUGGCAGCCAGCAGGGCCAGCCCUGUCCUGGGGGGCAUCAGGCACAGCAUGGCCAGCCAGGCAAGGGAGGGGAUUGUCCUGCUCUGCUCUGCACUGGGCCAGCCUCACCUCGAGUGCUGGGGGCAGUUUUUAGCACCCCAUUGUAAAAAAGGCAUUAAGCCAUUAAAGACCAUCCAAAGGAGGGCCACAAGGAUGGUGAAGGGUCUGGAGGGGAAGCCAUAGGAGGAGUGGCUGAGGUCACUUGGUCUGUUCAGGCUGGAGAAGAGGAGAUUGAGGGGAGACCUCCCUGCAGUUACA